GUUCGAUGGGCCACACUGCCCGAGGUUGUGACAUUUUAUGCGCACACAAACGGCUUUGUUUUUAAUACACUUCGUAGACUUUUUGUGGCACCUGCAAACAACGAUUAACCAUGGAAUCUGCCGUCUUCGAAGACUGCGGGAAACUAAUAGAUAUGUUUGUUCACGCCGGCAAUAACGAUUUCCCUUCAUUUUGUAAACAAUGGAAGGCGCUGCAAUUCCAACACAUUUACUUUGCGCAAACUUCAUAUAUAGAAAUAAUGCAAACGACUACGACUAUCAUACACUGUGCAAAGCGUGACUUGUGCUAUCAUCAGGAAUAUGACAAUCACAAAAAUGUCCCAGCAGAGGAUAACACAAAAAAUACGACAGCACAGCACUUGACGGAAGAAAAGAUGCUACGAAAAAUCGGUUGCUUAUAUCUACUAUAUGCCAUUUACUUCAAGCAGCCUACGGAGCAUUUUAUCAAAAUUGAAGUAAACCUCGAAACUUGGCGAGUGUUAAAAAACUUCGUAGAUUCAUUGCCCAUGACAGCAGAUAUGGAUGCAGCUCGUUACGUAUUUUGGCGUUUAUUAGAAGCGGGUGCAUUCCGAUUUACCGCCCUAAACUAUUGCGUCGGUUUGGAAGAUUUGGUGGACUUUGAUAAACUUACUGAUAAAGAAAACACAGAAUUUUGGUCCAAAAAUAGAGGCAAGGAACUUGGACAGCAAUUACAAGACUUCCCUGCUACUCGGCGUAUACUACCGGCAUUAUCAGUACUUGAAGAUGGUUAUAAUGAGAUGAAAGAAAUGUUGAUUAAAACUAACACAAAUGGCAUGCAUAAACAAUCACUGCCAUGCACUACGAUUUUCAAGAGCAUUGAACAGUGCUUUCAUAAUAUACAGUCUAUAAUUGACGAUAGGGAGGGUGGAGUAAAAAAACAAAAAUUAAUGCAAAUAGAAAAUAAAAGGAGGAAUUUGAAGCGCAAAGGUUUUAGUAACACUCAUGAUGCAAACGAAAAUGACGACGGAGUAGUUAACGAGGAGAAGUCAAAUAAAUAUAAAACAUUGAGGCGAAUGUCAGCUCGUACGGUAUUCACUGAUGAGUUACCUGCGGAUUUGUUGGAAGAUUUGGAAGAGCAAGAAUCUACAGACAGCUUAGAAGAGCAGGGAACAAUGGAAUCAGAUUCACACGAAAAUAAACAGCAAACUGAAGAAAUGCGGGAAAAUCCUCAUGGAAAAGAACAAAAAGCGAUUGAACAACAAUUAAAUGAUUUAUUACAAGCAGAAUUAACCGAAGAGUUUAUAACGAUCCCCGCAAAAAAAACAACUAACUCAACUGCUAAUUGAUUGCACCAAAUUAAUAGCCUGUAAAAUCUGUAAAAUUUCCGGAUAAAUGUAUAUGUGCAUAUGUAUGUAUAAUAAUAACAGAAAAAUAAGAUUUAACAAAGACUUUAGAAGAUAAGAUGUAGAAAAUUAAAUAAAUUAUGGAUUAUCUGAAAUAUAUCUAUUUGGAUUAAAGUUACUCGGUUAUAUUAAAACAAAAUCUGGGUUUUACAUGUGUAUCUCGACAACAAAAACGAUACACUCAAGUAACCCGGGUAAAACUCGGGUUGACUUUGAAAUGAGGACUACCGAUUUUGGGGAAUAAAAAGGAUACUGGUGAGAAAGCUGGAGUUGGCUUUAAAGUGAGGACAAUCGAUUUUGGGGAAUAAAAGGGAUACCGUUGGAAAGCUGGAAGGGAGACCCUGUCCAAAUACACUAUUUCAGCUAUGCAAUCCUACAGUUUUCAAGUUAUAUGUUCCUUAUGAAGAAUUAGGGCAUUAAAUUUCUCUCUACUACUUUUGUU